UCCGGUAUCCCAUAAUGCGUCAGUGUCCGCGCUGGUAAAUCGCGCAUGCGCAGUAGCUCCCUCUCUUCGGCUCCGCACCUCUUCUGCUAGAAUGGCCAAGCGCACCAAGAAGGUGGGGAUUGUGGGGAAGUACGGCACCCGUUACGGUGCGUCGCUCAGGAAGAUGGUGAAGAAGAUCGAGAUCAGCCAGCACGCUAAAUACACCUGCUCCUUCUGCGGCAAGACUAAGAUGAAGAGAAAGGCUGUGGGGAUCUGGCACUGUGGCUCCUGCAUGAAAACCGUCGCUGGAGGCGCCUGGACGUACAACACGACGUCAGCCGUCACGGUCAAAUCUGCCAUCAAGCGUCUGAAGGAGCUGAAGGACCAGUAAACCGGACGCUGUUUCGUACUAAUUCACAUCGUUUGGUCUCGGACUGUGUUUCUUUCUGUGGCUCGUUGGAACAUCCCACAAUAAAUCUGAGUCUUGAGCCGGA